AAAUUCGGGCCGCCGUCGCCCUCACUCGUUUUCGAAUCUCCCCCAGAUUUCCAUCCGUUAGAGCAACCGUGCACAUCACCUCGUUUUAUUUUGAGAAGAACAAAUAUUGCGCAUCCAUAA